CUUUGUUGUAAAGCACACUACAUUUUUUUUUCCAGCAAUAAAUAAUAAGCCACUUUAAAGCACAAACAAAGUUCCUUUUCUUCUUUCAAGUUAAACACAAUUUAUUUUAUACAUAAUCAUGAAGCUAACUGCCGAUUUAAUUAAUAACAGUCUAUCACAUAUUAAUCCUUUAGGUGAUCGUGAGCUUAUUCUUAGAGACUUAAAGAUACCUGCUAUUGAAAAUCUUGGCGUGACUAAAGAUUUAAAUGAUGCUAUUGAUUUCACUAAUAAUGAUUUACGUGUUCUUGGCAAUUUCCCUCGUUUAAAUCGACUUCAACAUCUUUUAUUGAAUAAUAACCGUAUCAGUAAGAUUGAUUCAGAAUUAAGCGACUAUAUUCCUAAUGUACAUACAAUUAUCUUGACAAAUAACGCUAUUCAGGAAUUGGGUGAUCUUGAACCUUUAGUUAGAUUAAAGAAAUUAACACAUUUGAGUAUUAUGGAUAAUCCAGUUACUAAAAAAUCACACUAUCGUCUCUAUUUGAUUCAUAAAUUACCCCAACUUCGUGUCUUAGAUUUCAAUAAGGUGAAAUUAUCCGAAAAGCAAGAAGCAAAGAAAUUAUUCAGUAAAUCAGAUGGUUCAGACAAUGACUUGGCUAAAUCAAUUACAGAUAAUAAAACAAAGACUUUUGAACCUGGAGAAGGAUUAAAUGAUAAAAAAGAUAGUCAAAUCCAUGGUCUUACUCCUGAAGAGCAAUUAAAGAUCAAGGAGGCACUCAAACAAGCUACAUCACUUGAUGAAAUUUCUAGAUUGGAACGCUUAUUAAAAGCUGGUCAUGUUCCUACAACAGGAAAAUAAUAACAAACGUAAUAAUAAAUGAGUAUUUUUACUACUAUGCAGUAAAAUCAACUAAUAAAAAAGAAAAAAAAAAAAA